AUGGCUAUCCACGGUGCUUCUCUGGAAGGCCAGGUUGCCAAUGCACCAGGCUUGUCGAGUACUGGUCUUGCAAUACCCCAAGAUGCAGGGGCAGCCUCAUCCUCCAUCAUUAGCAGCCUUAUAGGUGAUAACCCCUACUUCCAGGCUGGUUUCGGUCUCAUGGGCGUCGGCGUUGGUCUAACUGUACUUCGCCAAGGUCUGGUCUUUGGUACUACCACACUUCGCCGGCGUCUCCUUGUAUCAUUAGAAGUGAACAACAAAGAUCGCGCAUACGAGUGGUUUCUCGCAUGGCUUGCACAUAAUGCACAAUCAGCUGCUCCAACUUCUUCUCGAAGAACCGAGUCUUGGUUGCGCAGUCAUCAACUAAGUGUCGAAACUGCGGUCGAGCAACGCAGCAAUGGGAGUUCUUCUGUUCUAUUCAGGCUAGUCGCGGGUCCAGGAACGCAUUGGUUCAAGUACGGCGGAGCUUGGAUGCAGAUGAAAAGAGAACGUGAGACCCGCUCGAUGCAACUCAUGUCGGGCACGCCAUGGGAAACUGUGACAGUAACAACACUGUCCAGAGAUCGCCAUCUUUUCUCGAAGCUCCUCGCAGAAGCACGUGACCUUGCUCUCCGCGGUCAAGAAGGAAAACUCGUGAUCAGAACCGCAUGGGGGAUCGAAUGGAAGCCAUUUGGUCAACCUCGGCGAAAGCGUCCACUACACAGUGUCGUGCUGGAUACGGGUGUAAGUGAAAAGGUAGAACAGGAUGUCAAGGCGUUCUUGCAACGGCGUCAAUGGUAUGCGGACCGGGGCAUCCCUUAUCGAAGAGGAUAUCUCCUGCAUGGCCCUCCUGGUUCAGGGAAGACUUCCUAUAUUCAAGCUUUGGCAGGAUCGUUAUCGUAUGACAUAUGUCUACUCAAUUUGUCAGAACGAGGACUCGGCGAUGAUAAACUCAAUCACCUCUUUAUACUCAUCGAAGACGUGGAUGCCGCAUUUAACAAACGCAUGCAAACAAGUGAGGAUGGGUAUCAGUCCUCUGUCACAUUCUCUGGCUUUUUGAACGCUUUGGAUGGUGUUGCCUCGGGAGAAGAGCGGAUUAUCUUCAUGACGACAAAUCACUUCGGAAAUUUGGAUCCUGCACUCAUCAGACCGGGGCGUGUUGAUCUAAGCGUGCUUGUUGAUAAUGCGUCACCCACACAGGCACGCACGCUCUUUACACGUUUCUAUGGCGAUAGUGAGUCUGUCCAACCGGAGCUUGUAGAACGCAUGGGGCAGCAGGUAGAGGAAUUAACUGUCAAAGAGAUGUCUAAUGGGAGGGAAAUUAGCAUGGCUGCCCUCCAAGGCUUGUUCAUCAGGAACAAUGCUCAGGAUGCGGUCAAGACCCUCCCCGAGCUAUUUGUGGAUAGACGGACAUGA